AUGGCCCUUGGAUUGACCUACGCUGUGCCAAAGGACAAAGUUCAACGGCGUCGUCUCCCUGCCGUGAAGAACAAGCGCGAGUUUCCAGGUCAGAUUCUGGGCGCCAUCCAUGGCUGUGUUCAAGCCAAACCCUGUCAGCAGCGGACGUGGGUGGGCAGCAUCUCCGGCGAUAAACAGACGGCCUUCCCUGUAUUUCGUGACCAGCCGUCGCUCCAAAGUCCAGUGGGUCACUACCAGCUCUUAAGAAAACUGUGA